AUGGUAGUUGACACGGCGUAUUAUGAUGCCCUGGGCGUCCCGCCCACCGCCACCCAGAUUGAAAUCAAGAAAGCAUACCGCAAACAGGCCAUCCAGCUGCAUCCCGAUAAGAACCCCGACGACCCCACCGCGCAUGCGAAGUUCCAGGCGGUUGGCGAAGCAUACCAGGUCCUCAGCGAACCAGAUCUCCGCAAGCAAUAUGACAAGCUUGGCAAAGAGGGCGCAAAGCCCGAUUCUGGCUUCGAGGACCCCGCCGAGUUUUUCACCAUGAUCUUCGGCGGUGAGGUCUUCCAGGACUGGAUCGGCGAGAUUUCCAUGAUGAAGGACUUGWCCAAGAGCAUGGAGAUAUCCAUGCGUGAGGAGGAAGAGGCCGCUGCGACAGCCGAAGUUGCCGCUGCGACCGAGGAGGCUGCUGCGAAGAAGGAGGCGUCUGCAAGCAAAGAUCCUCUGUGGGUGCCUGACACUGCUGGCACCACUGAGAAGACUACUGGAACUGCCACGGAAAUUCCUAUCCGCGAUACGAAGCCAGCUGCAGCAGACGCCAAACCACCUGUCUCGGGAAGCUCCACACCCCGCCCGCACGGCGUUCCUACCCGUCUAGCCAUCACGGAUAAGACCGAAGAGGAUGCCGCAGCCGCUGCGGCCGGAAUGACCGAAGAGGAAAAGAAGCUGCGGGAGAAGGAAAAGCGCAAGGGCCUGAGCAAGGAGCAGCGCGAAGAACUUCAAGCCUUCGAAAUGGAACGUAAAAAGGUCCGCGAUGAGCGCGUGGAGACGUUGGCCAAGAAGCUCAUUGACCGCGUCAGUGUGUGGACAGAGACGGAGAAGGGUGAGGCAGUUACAAAUGCCUUCCGGGAGAAGAUGCGUCUCGAAGUGGAGAAUCUCAAAAUGGAGUCUUUCGGCAUCGAGAUCUUGCAUGCCAUCGGCCAAACAUACGUCAGCAAGGCCGCAACUUUCCUCAAGUCCCAAAAGCCACUGAUCGGUGGUGUCUCUGGUUUCUUCUCUAGGCUUAAGGACAAGGGCACCAUGCUCAAGGACACCUGGGGCACCGUUUCUAGUGCGAUCAGCGCGCAGAUGGAAAUUGAGGAAAUGGCUCGCGCGGAAGAAAAGGGCGGCGAAGACUGGACAGACGAGAAGCGCGCUGAAUAUGAGAAGCGAGUCACUGGCAAGAUUCUUGCGGCUGCGUGGAGGGGCAGCAGAUUCGAAGUCACAGGCGUGCUGAGGGACGUUUGCGACAAGGUGCUCAACGACAAGCAGGUGAAGCCCGAGAAGAGGAUUGAGAGAGCUCAUGCACUGGUCAUAAUUGGGGAGAUGUUCGCGAAAGCAGAGCGAGACCCCGAGGAAGAGGGUGACUUCAUGGCUUUCGWACAGCUCAUGGCAGAAGCUACAGCAAAGCGCGAAAAGAAGGCCGAUAAGAAGGAGAAGCACAAGCAUCAUAAGGAGGAUGCCAAUGCACCGGAUGAGGCGGCCACGAUUGGCUAG